AUGUCUUUUUUCAGUCGACUUAAGCAUUACUUGAAGUAUUUUCGAGCAGAUAAUAUUGUAAAUGAUGUUGAAUUUAUUAGAAAACAUCUUGUUCCUGAUGCUGCUCCUUGGAAGCUCUUGGGCUACAGUUUUGGUGGUUUUUGUGGAGUGACAUAUCUAAGUUUUGCACCUCAAGGGCUAAAACAAGUCUUUUUGACUGGUGGGAUUCCACCAAUUAAAGAUGGAUGCACAGUUGAAACUGUGUAUAAAGCUUGCAUUGACCCUAUUGUCCUCCAAAAUGAAAAAUAUUACAAAAGAUACCCUCAGGAUAUUCAGAUCAUUCGUGAUGUUGUAAUCCAUUUGGCAGAGCCCGAAGGAGGCGGGGUAAGGGUUCCUCUUCCAUCUGGUGGUAUAUUAACCCCGCGGGGCUUUACUGGCUUAGGUGCUAGCGCAGGCUUCGAGCGUUUGAAAGAGUGGGAUCCGGUAAUAGUUCCAGGGUCAAUGAAGCAAAUAAGCUAUUACUUCUUAAAUUGUUUUGAGAGGUGGCUAUCUUUCGAUACAAAUCCACUAUACGCCCUUUUGCAUGAAUCCAUAUAUUGUCAGGGAGCUGCAUCACAAUGGGCUGCUCACAGAGUGCCUGUUGCUGCUGCGGUUUAUUAUGAAGAUAUGUUUGUUAAUUUUAAUGUGACAAUAGAAAUGAGUAAAGAGAUUGGGGGAAUAAGGUUAUGGGUAACUAAUGAAUACAUGCACUCGGGUCUUGGUGAUGGAGCAACUCAUGUUUUGGAUCAUUUGAUGGGUUUGUUAAAUGGUAAGAAGCCACUUUUUUGACAUUGCG